AUGUCUGCAACUCAACUGCUGAACCCCAAGGCGGAGUCCCGGCGGAGAGGAGAAGCGCUGAAGGUCAACAUUAGCGCUGGAGAGGGACUACAGGAUGUUCUCAAGUCAAACCUGGGUCCUUCUGGAACCCUGAAGAUGCUUGUCGACGGUGCCGGCGGAAUCAAACUCACCAAGGACGGAAAUGUCCUCCUACGUGAAAUGCAAAUCCAAAAUCCCACUGCCGUUAUGAUUGCGCGUGCGGCAACCGCACAAGAUGAUAUUACUGGAGAUGGAACCACGUCCGUUGUGCUACUGGUUGGAGAGCUGCUGAAGCAGGCAGACCGUCACAUUUCGGAGGGAUUGCACCCUCGAGUAAUCACCGAUGGCUACGAGCUUGCAAAGACGGAGGCUUUGAAGUUCCUCGACAAAUUCAAGCUCGAGCGCACCAUUGAUCGUGAACUCCUCCUGUCUGUCGCCCGCACCUCCCUCUCCACCAAGCUCAAUAAUGCUCUCGCUGAGAAGCUCACUCCUGACAUCGUCGAUGCCGUCCUUGCUAUUCAGCGUGCCCCGGAGAAGCCUGACCUGCACAUGGUCGAGAUCAUGACCAUGCAACACCGCACAUCAUCAGACACUCAGCUGAUCCGUGGUCUUGCUUUGGACCACGGUGCCCGCCACCCCGAUAUGCCCAAGCGUGUGGAAAACGCUUUCAUUCUGACAUUGAAUGUCAGUCUGGAGUACGAGAAGUCUGAAAUCAAUUCGGGCUUCUACUACUCCAGUGCCGAACAGAGAGACAAGCUGGUGGAGAGUGAGCGCAAAUUUGUCGAUGCCAAGCUACAGAAAAUCGUUGAUCUCAAGAAGCAAGUCUGUGGCAAUGACCCCAACAAGGGAUUUGUUAACGGUAUCAUGGCUCUUCGCCGGGCUAAGCGCCGCAACAUGGAGCGUCUACAGCUUGUCUGUGGUGGUGUUGCUCAAAACAGCGUGGAGGACCUCAGCCCUGAAUCUCUGGGCUGGGCCGGUCUUGUGUAUGAGCAUCAGCUUGGUGAAGAGAAGUUCACUUUCGUGGAGGAAGUUAAAGAUCCCAAGUCUGUCACUAUCCUCAUUAAGGGCCCCAACGGACAUACAAUUGCUCAGGUCAAGGAUGCCGUCCGCGAUGGUCUUCGCUCGGUCUACAACACUAUUGUUGAUGGCUGCGUGAUUCCGGGUGCUGGUGCUUUCCAAGUCGCUUGUGCCACUCAUCUCAAGUCACCGGAGUUCCGUCGGUCUGUCAAGGGUAAGGCGAUGUGGGGCGUUGAGGCUUUCGCAGAUGCUCUCCUUGUUAUUCCCAAGACUCUUGCCGCCAACUCCGGCCAUGAUAUCCAGGAUUCCCUCGCUGCUCUGCAAGUUGAAGUGGACGACGGAAACAUUGCCGGUCUCGAUUUGGACACAGGCGAGCCCACAGAUCCUGUGCAAGCAGGUAUCUUCGACUCGUACCGUGUCCUCCGCAACUGCAUUGCUUCCAGCACGGGAAUUGCUGCCAACCUGUUGCUUUGUGACGAGCUUCUGAAGGCUCGACAGAUGAGCAAACAGGGUCCUCCCUGGUGGCGAGGAGUAAUGUGA